GAACACAGUCUCCCUUUCGCGAGAUCGCGCAAGUCUUUUCCCGUGUUCGACAGUUCCGGCCGGAACGAAGCGAUGUGAUCCCCGCCUAACCACGCAACGGAAUCGCAUCUUUUGAAGAUCGAGUUUCCUAUGUCGUUACCCGAUCUCUAGCGGGUGAUCUCGUGUCGCACCACAUGGAUGCCGUGUAACACCAUCGCCGCCAGUCUCGUCGAGGAUAAUAUGAAUCCAGAAGGGAACGACGGAAACAGUCAGGAUAAAGCGGAGGUCAGAUUGGACGUUGGUCUGAAAAAUGACAAUCAAUCUGUGGACCAAGACGCUAGAACGUCCAAGGUACAGCUGGAAAACGGAGCCGAGGAACAGUUGAGGCUGAAUAACAAUAGCAGCGAGAGUAACAUUAAACUCGUGCUGCCAUCCAAAACCUCUGUUGUGCUUUCCAACGGGACAAACUCCAUACAAACUCCUGUGUCUGAUAGUGCCAAUUCUUUGGAGCAAAACGUUUGUCAAGAUGCGAGCAUAUCUUCCAUAUUUACAAACGCGACUGCUAAUAUCAAGCCUCAGACUGUAAACACCAAUACCGUUAAUUGUCAAUUGAAGCAUAAGACUGUCAUGAAUGCGAGUUUGUUGAAUUUGCCUAAAUCCCAAAUGCACUUGAAUCUAUCUUCCACUCAAACAAAUAUACACCACAAUCAUAAUUUAGGGUCAACCGUUCUUAAUUCUACUGUAACUACCAGUGCUAUGUUACAUUCAAGUGUUUCUACGUUAAAUGUAUCAGUAAUGCCUUCUAAUUUAUCAACGAUUAAAUCAAACGAUGAUGUGGAUAUGAAGAAUAAUGUGGAUUAUGCAUCUGCCAUAGAGAAAUGCCCUUCUAAAGUUUCUUGUAGCUCAGAUUCUAGUCCAGACGCUGACUGUUCUUGGACAUCAAAGUCUUAUGGAUCUAAACGUGUAUUAAAUAAUAUAGGUGGUAGUAUAGGUUCAACGAGUCAAGGAACUUGUUGUUUUUUGAGACCUAAUAUCAAUGGCAGUAGAGAAAUUGCUGGACCCAGUGGAUUACAGAGAACUUCACAAAGAGAACAGAUAGAGCGGAUGGAUUCUAGUUCUGGAAAUGAAGGAGAUAUGUCUGAUGGAGAAGACUAUUGUUUUUAUACUUAUAAAGGAAACAAUGAUGUGAUUCCUUUAGAUCACCAAGAAGAAUUGAAUCAGGACCAUGCAGCGAAUCAGGAAGCAGAGGGACAAAACCACAGUGGUAGGUCGAGUCCAGAGAUGGAUUACUUGGAAAUGGAUUUUGAUCCUGGGCCUUCUUGUGAACUGGAUACUGGAGAUAGUGAUCUGGCCUCCAUAAAUGAAGAUAUACAAAAUAUAGCAUUCGAUAAUGUAGAACAAGACCCAGUGCUAAAUGAUCUGAGUAGUGGAAAAGUCGUAUCUAGACAGGGGCUGGUAUCGACACCGCAGACUUCAAAACAAACUACACAGCAUGUUAACCAUACUACUUUCCAACAAUGCACAAGCAAUCAAUGUACAGUAGAACAAAGUGCAAAGUCAACUUACUCAGCUCCAUGGAUGCCUAGUACUAGUGCUGGAACUGGAAGAUGGGAUAGUGCGACACUUUAUCGUAAUACAGGUUGUCCAGUACGUGAAUCAUACGGUUAUCAUAGCACAAGUGGUGAUCUUAUAUCACCUGGUGAUAAUAGAGAUUCGGAUUCUGAAUUAUGGGUUGAGUCCUCAACAGCAUCUCUUCCGGACAAUUCCAAUUUGAAUGCCAGGAAGGUUAAUCUCAUUUCUACGCUUUAUCAUCGAAUAAUGGCUAAGAAACUAAUGCUCAAUAAGCAUGCUGCGUUUAAUCAAAGUGGUGAUUCCAAUCUGGAAAAUGAAUUAUGUAACGAACGGUUAGAUGGGUUACCACCAAUUGAAAAAGUAAUGCUGUGGAGCGAACAAGAAGCCACAAUGAAGCAAGUUACGCAAAUUGGUACCUCCGCCUGUGGUGCUACAUCCGCAAUUAAUGCUUUGUUGGCUUUAAAUGUAUCAUUUUCCCUGGAAGUAUUAGUUAAAGGUGUAAAUACAAAAUUGAGAGAAUUGAACGUACCGCUACCAAGGUAUCUUGUCAGUCGUUCAGUAGCGGGGGCAACUCAUAAAGACAUAGCACGAGGGAUAUCUCUGUCCACGAAUGGUGCUGCUGUAACAAAAUUUUUUGCAUUUUAUCCCGAAAGAAAAGUGUCAUUAUCCCAUUGGUUGCAUUAUUGGAUUUCCAAAGGUGCAGCACCAAUCGCAACAUUAAAUCUACAACAUUGCGGAGAAGGUUGCGAUAUACCAGACGCAUGGCAUCAUCAGAUGAUAUUCGGCGUGGGACAAGCUGGUAUAUACUUAACAAACCCUUUAGAGUGUUUGCCUGAACAGCUCGUAUGGCAUCAAUUAAUUAGUCCUAGUGUUUUAUUAAUAAGAAAAACAGACGUUCUAGCACAUUGGAAUGAAAAUUCAGAUCUAACACCGCUUGCGACAAUGGAUCAAAAGUGGCGAAAACUUAAUGUCCUUGGGCAAGUUGUAAAUAUGGUACGAGAAUCAAUGAGUCAAAGACAACAACCUAAUAGUACGACUACUGGAGCGACUCACAUUCGCAUUCCGGCAUCUUACCAAGCAGGCAUUAUAUUGGUCAUGUGUGCCGAUUCUGCCGCAGCCACCGAAUUGUUACAUGCAGAACAACUACCAUUGCUCUAGUCUCAUCGAUCAAAAAUUAACAAACCGGACUGCUUCACUUGGUUCAUAACAAAUUUUAUUAGCGAGCUAGCUUAUACACAAUGUUCUUAUUAAUAGUUCAUUUAUUAUAUAAAUCAACAGGAUGGAUACAAUUUACAUUUUUGACAUUA